GUUGAUACGAGUUUUUCCCAAUUUGACAUUGUGACGUCAGAAGCGGGGUUUUUAGCUGGAUUCUGCAUUCAGGUCAUAGAGGGCGGGAUUUGAUUCUGUGGAGCUACUGAUUUACGUUACACUGAAUGUUUAUUACACUGAAAAGUCUACUGUAAUUUUGUUUUCCUGAGACAGCCCAAUGUUGUUGAACCACUCAUUGGUAUCAUCGCAAGGGCAUUGUUGUCGAGUCGUCAUUGCAGUUGGGCUUAGUAAUAGACAUAACGUCACCGUUCCUACAUCAGUUCAACAACAGCUUCCAGGUCCACAUCAGACUACAGACAGGCUGUUACAAUGAGUACUGUUGGACAAAAGAAUGCCAAAGGAGACCCUGAGGGUGGAGUCCGUCCUGAAGAUUCGGCCAGCCAGUGUGGGAGCACUACAUCUUCAGUGCGACUGCGGACUUUGGCACGUAGAGCUGCUUUAGCUGUUGAGGCUGAAGCACUGAAACAGAAGAUGGCGCUGGAAAAGGAGGAGUUAGCUUUGAGACAGCGUAAAGCUCAGCUAGAUAUGGAUACCAGGAUGAAAAUAUCUGAUGCUGAGACACAAGUCUAUUUGAAUGAAGCGGAUAGGCUAUUGUCGGAUGAAGCUAGUGCUCCUCAGAAACAUCCAGUUGAAGUGAAUGAAACGUUGACAUAUCCGCUGGACUCUGGAACGCCAACGCCAACCCAGGUUGAACAGAGUACGAAGCCAACGGAGGCUUUGUUGCUGCAGAUUUUGCAGGAGGGACAGAAACAACAGAGGCAAUUAUUGGAGUCUCUUAAUGUGCCUCAAACACAAAUGAUGACGUAUGAUGGCAACCCUCUUAAAUAUUGGGAGUUUUGGAGGGCGUUUGAGAACUCAAUAGACUGUACAAGUAUUCCGGACAGUGCCAAACUGACCCGACUUCUAUACUACUGCGAAGGAGAUGCCCGCAAAAUCUUGCAGCCUUGUAGUAUUAUGCCAUCUGGCGAAGGGUAUAUGAGGGCGAAGGCCAUGCUACAAGAGAGGUUUGGUACACCCUUCAUGAUAGCUGAUGCUUGGAUCAGGAAAGUGACCGGAGGGCGGAAGAUCACCGGACGGGACAAGAGGGCCCUAAGAGAAUUCGCAGAUGAACUGCAAGUUUGCUCACUGACUUUAGAUGCCAUGGGUUACAUUGGCGAUUUGUCACCACAGUUAGUCCUUGUCCAGAUAGUUGAACGACUACCACUAUACUUAUGCGGGAGAUGGCUGAGUGUGGUACGAAGAAUCAGGCGAGAGGAUAGACUUCCUAACAUAUUUGACCUGGUGGAUUUUGUCCAAGGUGCAGCUGACGAGGAGAAUGAUCCGGUCUACGGAAGGCUUCUUACCAAGGAUCAGGGCGGUAGCGGCACCUCCCAGAACAAGAAGUCGACAGGACUGAAGAAGGGUGCUUUCUCCACGACAGCCACAGGCAAUGAUGUGACACCACAGCUGUGUGUGAUAUGCAAGGAAUCGCACAGUCUGUUUGGCUGCGACAAGUUCAAACGAAUGCAGCUAGAUGACCGGCUGAAACUGGUGAGGGAAAACAGGCUUUGUUUUAACUGUUUGGAGAAGGGACACAUGUCGAGAUACUGUAAACUAAAGAGGGUAUGUUCAGUUUACGGAUGCAACAGGAAACAUACUAAGUUUCUCCAUCAGCAGAAACCAGAACAACCUCAGCAAACACAAGAGGAAGCUGUUAGUCCUUCACCUGAGAAGAUUGAGAGUCACUUCACAGGGGCCGGGAACAUGAAGGUGCUAUUGCCAAUCGUUCCUGUCUGGGUUUAUGCGGCAGGCAGUAAUAUUGGCGUAGAGACUCUAGCACUGUUGGAUUCAGGCUCGACAAGUACCUUCUGUACUAAGAAGUUGGCAGCAAGAGUGAAGGCAAGUGGAUUGUCCAGUAUAGUGUCUGUCUCAACUCUGGAAAGAGCCAACAGCGAACUUCAGACCAGUGUUGUAAGCCUGAAAGUUGCAGCAAAGUCAUCAUCCAGGAUGGUGAAUCUCCCUAAAGUCUAUACCAAGACAGACAUUAACAUUAAUUCAGAUCACCUGCUAAUGAAGGAGGAUGUCGACAAACUCCAACAUCUCACAGAUGUCGACUUUCCAUCGACUUCCAAACUGCAGGUGGAUCUCCUGAUUGGGCAAGAUUAUCCAGAGCUUAUUUGUCCCCUCGAGAUACGCCGUGGCGUGCCAAGGAACCCUUAUGCAGUAAGGACAGUGCUGGGGUGGACCCUGAAUGGGCCGGUUCAGAGCGAUGGUAGGAGGAUGGCUGUGACAUCACACUAUAUCUCAGAUGAAAUAUCCCUUGAAGACCAAUGUAAGCUGUUUUGGUCUCUAGAAGGCAUCGAAACCCUUCAUUAUGAUGCUAAAGGAAUGUCAGUCAAGGACCGAGAGGUAUUGAAGCUAUGGGAGGACAAUGUGGUCAUGAAUGGAGGUCACUAUCAACUGCCCAUACCACUCAAAGAACGACCCCCGCCACUUUGUGACAAUAGAUGGAUGGCCCAGCAGAGACUCCAUUCACUUAGAAGACGACUUCUCAGGGAUACGGCAAUGCAUGCUAAGUAUACACAGGGCAUGGCUGACCUAGUUGCCAAGGGCUACGCCGAGGAAGUUGAUGAAACUCAACCGCCAAAUGGAACUUGUUGGUACCUACCACAUCACCCAGUGAUAAAUCCGAAGAAACCAGACAAACUUCGGAUUGUAUUCAAUUGUGCUGCCAAGUGCUUAGGAGUUGGUCUGAACGAUGUGGUGAUGCAAGGGCCGGAUCGGAUCAACAAGUUGACUGGGGUACUUCUGCGAUUUCUUCGAGCACCAAUUGCCAUCAUGGCUGAUGUGGAAACCAUGUUCCACCAGGUAACAGUCCAUCCAAAUGAACGAGAUGUACUUCGCUUCUUGUGGUGGCCUGAUGGAAGAGAGGAUGAAGAUCCUAAGAUCUACAGGAUGUGCGUGCACCUGUUUGGGGGUACAUGGAGCCCCAGCUGUUGCUCGUUUGCUAUGCGGCAAACAGCAAAGGACUAUGGAGAUCAGUGCAAUACCCAAGCACCAAGAGUAGUAGAGAUGAAUUUCUACGUAGACGACUGCCUGGUCUCUGUUGAAGAGGAAGAUGAAGCUAUAAGACUGGCAUCAGAAUUGAGAACCUUGUUGCAGAAGGGUGGAUUUCGACUCGCUAAGUGGAUGAGUAGCAACACAAGAGUUCUGCAAACCAUACCAGUACAAGAUCGGGCCAAGCCAGUGGUUGGACUCGACCUGAACUUUGAUGCCCUACCAAUAGAGCAUGCACUUGGUAUGAUAUGGGAUGUAGAAAGAGAUAGCUUUGUCUACAAGAUUCAGCCGAAGGACAAGCCUUUAACACGAAGAGGACUCUUAAGUGUUGUUUCUUCUGUCUACGACCCUUUGGGAUAUGCUAGCCCAUUUGCACGGAGAGGGAAGUUGAUUCUUCAGGAGUUGACCCGGAAGAAGCUGAACUGGGAUGAGCCUAUCCCUGACAGUGAUGCAAGGAAAUGGAAGGCUUGGAUUGAGGAACUUCCACAGAUGGAAGGAAUUGAGGUCAGUAGAUGUGUCAAGCCUCAAGCAACGUCAGCGGUGGCAGCAGCCUGA